AUGGCCCCGGCGAGCGGAUUUUUGGAGGAAAGGCUUACAAAUAAGCGAAAAAAAAUCUCCGAUAAAAAACUUCUGUCUACUUCAGCUACAAAGUGUAACGAAUUGGAUUUGCCCGUUUUGAAUUGGAUAUCUGAUGACGAGGAUGAUGAUCCAGAUCCGGAGGAAGGAAUUCUGGAGUAUAUUCGCCAGAAUUUUGGAACUGAUGUUGACUCGGCAAUGAAAAAUACCGUUUUUCAACGUCGCACAGUGAUACGCCGACUUAACGCGGUAAAUGUAGAUAUUCUGGAUAAUUUAGUAGUAUCCAUGCCUCGACUUUUCGAUACAGAGGGGAUGAUAACUCAAGAUUUCGAUUGCCGUCAUCCUGCACUGGCCUUCGUGAUGUACGACCGGUGGCCAAGGGUAUCUCGAAAAAUCCUGGAAUAUGCAGAAGAGAGUGGAAUCGACUACUUGAAAAAAUUCGGUGUGAUGAAGAGUCGUUAUGACCUGUCCUCCGAUGACGUUACAAUACUGGCUUAUUGCGUAUUGCCGUUUGUGCUUCCAUCGUGUGGCCGACGGGCCGCAUCCGACAACUUGGAGGACCAGUUUGACGAUGGAGAACUGCCUAUGGUGACUACGAGAGGAAAACGUAAGGCAAAAGCCGCUGGUCGUCCCCCCAAGAAAACCAUGUCGAUUCUGAAAGCGUCGGACUUGGACGUAUACAAAAGCAUGUUUGUUGUAAAACCGAAAAAUACUCAUGUAGCCGAAAUUCUUAAGAUGAACACACACCAAGCUCCGUUUUUACUUGCCCUGGGGACUAUGGCCGAUCUGCAGUUUGAUUCAUUUUUUAUCAUCAUUCAUAAGGUUGCCAUUCCAUGCGGUUCAAAAUUUUGAAAGCCUUUGACUCAUUGACUAAGAUUUUCACCGUGUUGCCACUUCCGUUUCCAGUUGAAUCGUUUAACCAUUGGUUAUUUAUUUAUCACGGUGUAUUUGGUAAACCUUGCCAAUCAAAUCUUCCA